UCGAAGCGAGAGACCAGUACAUUGUGCAAAUUUUAAAACAGUAUUUUUGUGUAAAAAUGUUGUUAUCUAGCGAAAGUUGGAAAAUCGAUGUUUUGGUCAUAUUAAUUGGCAUUUUAACAUUAAUUUAUUUUUUUCUCAAACGUACUUAUUCGUAUUGGGAACGUCGGGGUAUUAAAACUUUAUCGGGAUAUAACUAUUUUUUCGGACAUUUCACUAAGACAUUGACGCAAAGAGAAUUUUUGGGUGAUUUGGCAACAAGAUUGUAUAAUAGUACAAGUGAACCGUUUGUGGGAAUCUAUACAAUUCUUCGUCCGAUAUUGUUGGUGCGUGAUCCACAGCUCAUACGUUCAAUUUUAAUCAAAGAUUUUUCACACUUCACUGAUCGUUUUGCUCAUUGCAAUGAAAAAUUUGACCCCUUAACCGGAUUAAUAUUCACCUUGCCUGGCCAACGUUGGAAACCAUUACGUUGGAAAUUAAUUCCUGCAUUUUCAAUGGGAAAGUUAAAAGCAAUGUUUACCACAUUACAUAAUUGUGGCUCAACUCUUCAAAGCUAUUUGGAAAAUUAUGCCGAUAAAGACAAGGAGCUUGAAGUGCGCGAUCUCGCUUCUCGCUAUACAACAAAUAUUAUUUCAUCGUUUGGCUAUGGCCUCGAUGUUGAUUCAAUUACAGAUCCGAAUAAUGAUUUUCGCAAGUAUGGUUCUCAGAUUUUUGAAGGUGGUAUCAGCCAAGGGAUUCGUUUGUUUUUGUUUUUAAAUGCUCCCGAAUUGAUGACCCUUUUUCGAGUUAAAUUACUUAAUUCAGACGUUGAAAAAUUCAUGUAUGCGAUAACACGACAGAAUUUGGAAUAUCGCGAGAAAAACAAUGUGGUACGCAAAGAUUUCUUUCAAUUAUUGAUACAAUUGCGUAACUCGGGAAUGGUUCAAUCGGACGAUGACUGGGAAACGACAAUUAAUUCGAAUGAAAAGAAAAAAAUGUCUGAAAAUGAAGUUACGGCAUUAGCAUUCAAUUUCUUUUCGGCCGGCUUUGAGACGUCGGCAACAACUUUAUCGUUUUGUUUGUAUGAGCUGUGUAAGAGUCCAGAAAUUCAACAGCGUGUCCACGAUGAAAUUGAUAAAGUUUUAAUGGAAAAUGAUGGAAAAAUAUCGUUUGAAGCCAUUUCUAAUAUGAAAUAUUUUCAAAAAUGUUUUGACGAAACUCUACGAAAAUAUCCAAUAAUGCCGAUUAUAAGUCGAGUAUGUGUAAAAGAGUAUACAAUUCCAGGUACAGAUAAAAUUAUCGAAAAAGGAACUCCGAUAUUCAUUCCAGUAAAUUCAUUACAAUUGGAUGAACAAUAUUACGAUGAGCCGAACAAAUUUGAUCCAGAUCGAUUCAAUGAAGAAAAUUUGACGGAAAAGAACGCAAUUAAUCGACCUUAUUUGCCAUUUGGUGAUGGACCUCGUAAUUGUAUCGCAGCCAACUUGGGGAAAAUUCAAUCUAAAGUUGGAUUAGUGAUGAUGUUACAAAAGUUCCGUUUUGAAUUGGGUGACCGACACAAAAAUAACGAUUUAAAACUGAAUCCGAAACAUUUCCUGAUGGCACCGCUUGGAGGAAUCCAUUUACGUGUCUUUAAACGAUAAGAACGUAAAUUUGAAACAGUAAUGUGCACGUGUGGGGCUUAUCAUUCUUUAACAACCAAAAUUUUCAAUUUUUAACAUUUUAAGUGGAAAAAGUGGCCAAUUUUACUCUUCAUUUCUGAAAUCACCCCUACUCUUCCUGAGAAUCUGAGCUCGCACACUACUGAUUUAAAAUAUGAUGUAAUUUUUAAAAUAUAUAGAUAUAGAAUGAAGUUGAUGGAUAUUUGAAUGGAUAAUAAUCGUGUUAAUGAAAUGAAGAUAUUUUCAU